CGGAAGUCACAUGCUGCCCAGGCUGCGCGGGUGAUUGGCUUGGCUGGACCUGAAUGAUGCGGCUGUGAUUGCUGAAUUGUCUGGGCAGGUUUGGAGUCUCCGGCAAGCUCCCCUGACUGUGCGUCCCUCUGGAGACGAAGAGGAGGGGGAGGCCUGUCCUCUCUGGGAUCCAUUGGUCACAUCCCCCUGAGGAGUCCCGAAUGCCUACCUCCAGUGUCGUCAACAUGGAGUUCUGAAGUCCAUGUGGCUCUUCACAGUGAAUCAGGUGUUAAGGAAGAUGCAGAGACGCCACAGCAGCAACACGGAUAACAUUCCACCUGAAAGAAACCGCAGCCAGGCGCUCAGCUCCGAGGCGAGUGUGGAUGAAGGUGGCGUCUUUGAGAGUCUGAAGGCAGAGGCAGCCUCCCCACCAGCGCUCUUCUCGGGCUUAUCAGGCAGCCUCCCCACCAGCUCGUUCCCCUCCAGCCUGGUGCUGGGCUCCUCGGCUGGCGGCGGGGACGUGUUCAUCCAGAUGCCCGCGUCCAGGGAGGAAGGAGGGGGCCGGGGCGAGGGGGGCGCCUACCACCACCGCCAGCCCCACCACCACUUCCACCAUGGCGGCCACCGCGGGGGCUCCCUGCUGCAGCACGUGGGUGGGGACCACCGGGGGCACUCGGAGGAGGGAGGCGACGAGCAGCCUGGGACGCCCGCCCCCGCCCUGUCCGAGCUGAAGGCUGUGAUCUGCUGGCUCCAGAAAGGACUCCCCUUUAUCCUGAUCCUCCUGGCCAAACUGUGCUUUCAGCAUAAGCUCGGCAUUGCUGUGUGCAUCGGGAUGGCCAGCACCUUCGCCUAUGCCAACUCCACGCUUCGAGAACAGGUCUCUCUGAAGGAGAAGAGGUCAGUGCUGGUCAUCUUGUGGAUCCUGGCCUUUCUGGCGGGGAACACCCUCUAUGUGCUUUAUACAUUCAGCUCCCAGCAGCUGUACAACAGCCUCAUAUUCCUGAAGCCCAACCUGGAGACGCUGGACUUCUUUGACCUGCUAUGGAUUGUGGGGAUCGCAGACUUUGUUCUGAAGUACAUUACCAUCGCCCUCAAGUGCCUCAUCGUGGCCCUGCCCAAGAUCAUCCUGGCCGUCAAGUCCAAGGGAAAGUUCUAUCUGGUCAUCGAGGAGCUGAGCCAGCUGUUCCGAUCCCUUGUCCCCAUCCAGCUGUGGUACAAAUACAUCAUGGGUGACGACUCCUCCAACAGCUACUUCCUGGGCGGGGUCCUGAUUGUUCUCUACAGCCUCUGCAAGUCCUUCGACAUCUGUGGACGUGUGGGCGGAGUUAGGAAAGCCCUGAAGCUUCUCUGUACCUCUCAGAACUAUGGAGUCCGAGCCACCGGGCAGCAGUGCACAGAAGCCGGUGACAUCUGUGCCAUCUGUCAGGCCGAGUUCCGAGAGCCUCUGAUUCUCCUGUGCCAGCACGUGUUCUGUGAGGAGUGCCUCUGCCUGUGGCUGGACCGUGAGCGCACCUGCCCGCUCUGCCGCUCGGUCGCUGUGGACACCCUGCGCUGCUGGAAGGACGGCGCCACGUCCGCACACUUCCAGGUGUACUAGGACCGAACACUGAGGACACCCAGAAGGACGCCAAGGGUCAGCAUGCCCGGACCCAGCCCUGCGGGGGCUUCCUGAGAAACAGGCCUCAAGCACUUACAUCCUGCCUCUUGCCCUCCACCACCUCUGACCCCAAAGUCCCGCCCCUGUCUUGUCCUUCUGACCUUCAUCUUCCUCUCUCGUUCUGUGGUAUAGUGCAUGCCUCCUUCCCCUGCAAAAGGGGACGUCUUCCUAACUCAGACUUGAUGCCCUUGUAGAUGCAUCUUCCUUCUCCACUCCAAGUCAAGGACCUGGCAAUACAUGAAGUUCCCACUUGUUGGUUAUUUUCUCUUUCUUUUUUCUUUUCUUUUCUUUCUCUCUCUCUCUGUUUCCCUCCCUCCCUCCUUCCUUCCUUCCUUUUUUUUUUUUUUUUUUUUUUUAAACAGGGUCUCGCUCUAUCACCCAGGCUGGAGUGCAGUGGCACAAUCUCGGCUCGCUGCAACCUCCACCUCCUGGGUUCAAGCGAUUCUCCUGCCUCAGCCUCCCGAGUAGCUGGGAUUACAGGCACCCACCAACACACUUGGCUAAUUUUUGUAUUUUUUAGUAGAGACAGGGUUUUGCCAUGUUGGCCAGGCUGGUCUCCAACUCUUGACCUCAAAUGAUCAGCUCGCCUCAGCCUCACGAAGUGCUGGGAUUACAGGCAUGAGCCACCGUGCCCAGGCUCACUUUUUUUUUUUUUUUUUUUUUUUUUUUGAGACAGGGUCUGGGUCUUCACCCAGGCUGGAGUGCAGUUGGCACAAUCACAGCUCACUGCAACCUUGAACUCCUGGGCCCAAGCCAUCCUCCCGCCUCAGCCUCCCAAGUAGCUGGGACUACAGGUGUGUGCCACCAGGCCUGGCUAAUUUUUUUUUUUUAAUUUUUAGUAGAGGCGAGGACUUAUUAUGUUGUCCAGGGUGUUCUCAAACUCCUGGGCUCAAGCAAUCCUCCUGUCCUGGCCUCGCAAAGUGCUGAGUGCUGGAAUUACAGGUAUGAGCCACUGUGCCCAGCCCACCUGCUGGUUAUUUUAACUUAGUACCUAGUACCUAGGACUUGAUGGUGCAGGCUGGGGAGGAGCCUAGAGAUCACUGCCUCCCAGAUAGCCCAGGCCUGCAGAUUAGAAUCCCUGUGAGCCCUGUGAAGUAUUUUUUUUCUUUUCUUUUCUUUUUUCUUUUUUCUUUUUUUUUUUUUUUUUUUUUUUUGUUGUUGUUGUUGUGAGACAGAGUCUUGCUCUGUUGCCCAGGCUGGAGUGCAAUAGCACGAUCUUGGCUCACUGCAACCUCCGCCUCCCGGGUUCAAGUGAUUCUCCUGCCUCAGCCUCCCGAGUAGCUGGGACAACAGAUGCGUGCCACUAUGCCCAGCUAAUUUUUUUUUGUAUUUUUAGUAGAGAUGGGGUUUCACCACGUUGGCCAGGCUGGCCUCAAACUCCUGACCUCAAGUGAUCCACCUGCCUCAGCCUCCCAGAGUGCUGGGAUUACAGGCAUGAGCCACCACACCUGGCCCAAAGUAUUUUCAAAAUACAGUUGUUGGGCCCUACCAUAUACCUGUAAUGACUUAAGGUCCCAAAUACUUCAUGCGCAGCAGGCAAAGCAUCCAGCAUCCUGCUUGGAUUACGUGCUGUCAUCCUCACAACAGCCCUGUGAUGGGGGAGGUACUGUUGGGUCCCCUGUUUUAUAGAUGAGGAAACUUGGGCACAGAGCUUGGUGCGGUAACUUUCCCAGGGUCACCCAGCCAGCAUGGGCGGGCCGAGUUUCCAACAGAGGCCUGGUACAGUUUCAGAACCCACAUCUAAAAAAAAAAUUUAUUAGAGAUGUGGUUUCUAAUAAAAAUCCAGGUUGUCCAGGCUAGAUUCAAACUCCUGGGCUCAAGUGAUCCGCCCUCCUCAGCCUCCCAAGCAGCUGCAACUACAGGCACACUCCGCUAUCCCCAGCAGAGCCCGCACUCUUAACCUCUGCACUGCUCUGCCCCUCAGACAUUCCAGGCAUGGGGCCCAGCAGACACGGUCUUCUAAAAGCACACGAGAGGCUGGGUGUGGUGGCCCAUGCCUGUAGUGCCAGCAUUUUGGGAGGCUGAAGCAGGCGGGUCACCUGAGGUCAAGAGUUCAAGACUAGCCUGGCCAACAUGGCAAAACCCCCUCUUUACUAAAAAAUACAAAAAUUAGCCAGGCGUGGUGGCGGGUGCCUGUAAUCCCAGCUACUCAGGAGGCUAAGGCAGGGAGAACUGCUUGAACUCGGGAGGUGAAAGUUGCAGUGAGCCGAGAUUGCACCACAGCACUCCAGCCUGGGUGACAGAGUGAGCGAGACUCUGUCUAAAAAAAAAAAAGAAAGAAAGAAGGGAGGGAGGGAGGAAGGAAGGAAGGAAAGAAAGAAAGGUCAGCUUUGGCCCAGAUGUGGUUACCCCUUGGUCUCCUGUCUUUAUGUCUUUCUCCUCUUUCUAUUCUGUCAUCUCCCUCAUUUAAGUCUCAGGCCUGUCAGCGGCUCCUGUGGACAUUGCCAUCCCCUCUGGUAGCCUUCAGAGCAAACAGGACAACCUAUGUUAUGGAUGUUUCCACCAACCAGGGUAGUGGCGUGGAGCACCGUAACCAUCUGUGCUCCUGUGAUCUCUAUGACAGAGCCACUUCUCCACCUCUGAAAUGUUCCCUGCUCUGAAAUCUGGCAUGAGAUGGCACAGGUGACCACGCGGAAGCCACCGGAAUCUUGCCUGCCCUAUUCCUCUCCCAAGUCUGUUCUCUUAUUGUCAACCUCAGCACAACAGGCUGGCACCAAUAGCAUUACAGAGAAAGCAAUCUGUGUGGCUAGUGGGCAGAUUACCAUGCAAGCCCCAGGAGAAAUGGAGGAGCUUUGUAGCCACCUCGCUGUCAGCCAGUAUUAACAUGUCCGCUUCCCCCUGCCCCGCCAUAGAUUCAGGACAUUCGUCCCUGUGUGCCACCAAACCAGGACUUUCCCCUUGGCUUGGCAUCCCUGGCUCUCUCCUGGUACCCAGCAAGACGUCUGUUCCAGGGCAGUGUAGCAUCUUUCAAGCUCCGUUACUAUGGCGAUGGCCAUGAUGUUACAAUCCCACUUGCCUGAAUAAUCAAGUGGGAAGGGGAAGCAGAGGGAAAUGGGGCCACAUGAAUGCAGCUGCUCUGUUCUCCCUACCCUGAGGAAGAACCAAAGGGAAGCAACAGGAACUUCUGCAACUGGUUUUUAUCGGAAAGAUCAUCCUGCCUGCAGAUGCUGUUGAAGGGGCACAAGAAAUUGGAGCUGGAGAAGAUUGAUGAAAGUGCAGGUGUGUAAGGAAAUAGAACAGUCUGCUGGGAGUCAGACCUGGAAUUCUGAUUCUAAACUCUUUAUUACUUUGGGAAGUCACUCGGCCUCCCUGUAGCCAUCUCCAGGGUGACGGAACCCAGUGUAUUACCUGCUGGAACCAAGGUAACUAACAAUGUAGGUUACUAGUGAAUACCCCAAUGGUUUCUCCAAUUAUGCCCAUGCCACCAAAACAAUAAAACAAAAUUCUCUAACACUGCAAA